AUGACCUUUCUGCCGGCUCAGUCAGGGGACUGCUUCAUAUCUAUGCUCCCAGAGGAGCCCCAUCGAUCUGAACAUGGGACCUUCCCGACGGUACAGCAGCUUGUUCACGAAGGCUGGGGACUGGAGAAGAAUUACACCGAACCCCGUGGUGAAAACGUGGGAGAUAUGAUCGCGUUCCUGGGCAGUUCGAGCGGGACGACCGGUCUGCCGAAGGCAAUCGCGGUACCACAUCGGAGCGUGAUCGCCGUUAGUAUGCAGAUGACAGCCCACUACAAGGCGAACGAGAAGGGCCUAUCUGACGAAGACAGAUGGAUCCGUCCGGGAGAUUUAGUAUUGGGUGUCCUCCCUUUCUUUCAUGUUUAUGGACUAGUCGCCAUCCUUCAUACUUUAUGCUACAGUGGUGCCGGUAUCGUUGUUGUUCCUCAGUUCAGCUUGGAGCCGUGUUUGAAGACGAUUGUCACGCGCCUAAUUACCCACCUUCCUACCUUUCCCAGUCUUGUGCCGUCCAUCAUUGUACUGUUGGUCAACGUACAUAACACGGCGAGUAAGAAGUACGAUCUCUCCCAUUGUCGCUGGGUUGUCUCAGGAGGAGCGCCUCUCUCUUCCACUCUUCUGACGCAACUGCGAGCUCGCUUGCCCGGUGCCCGUAUUGGAUUAGCAUAUGGGAUGACCGAAACAACCGGGCUAGUCUGCAUGGGUGACUUCCAUAAACCAUGCCCGGAAGACUCGGCGGGAUACUUGCUCCCUGAUACAAUGGUUCGCAUCGUUAAAGCGGAUGGGACCACCGCAGAGUCCUGCGAGCCAGGCGAGAUCUGGGUCCAGGGUCCGCAGAACACAUUAGGAUACACGAAUGACAAGAAGGCGACCGAAGAGACAUUCCUUCCAGAUGGCUGGGUCCGCACGGGCGACGAGGGAUAUGUGAAGAGCGACGGAAGUGUGUUUAUCAUCGAUAGGCUCAAGGAGCUUAUCAAAGUGCGAGCAUUCCAGGUCGCGCCUGCGGAACGGGAAGCGCACCUGCUAGAGCAUCCCUCCGUUCAAGACACGGGCGUGAUCGGUGUUCCGGAUGAAUACAAGGGCGAGAUCCCUCUCGCGUUCGUCGUACUGGACGAACCAACGACCAAACGCGCUGCUUCCAGCCGACAAGAGGAAAUGAAGGUAAAGCAAGAGCUCACCAAGUGGGUAAGCGAUCAGAAGGUGCGGUACAAGUGGCUGGAUGGUGGCAUCGAGUUCGUCGAUUCGAUACCAAAGAGUCCCAGUGGGAAGAUCCUUAGACGGCUCCUGAGAGAUCGGGCGAAGCCUGUCUUAGAGAAGAAGGAUCAGAAGGAUCAGCGUGCAGGGGAGAUCGCCAAACUUUAG